CCAUCUCUACACAAGUCUUUUAGCUUCUCCAUUAUCAUCUUCCUUAACUCCAUUAUCCAAAAAUGAAGCUUGAUUACAUGUUAGCAAUCGGCUGUUGCCUCUUAUUCCUUUGUUUUGUAGACUGUCAAAGAGUUCCGUGGCCUUUUACUCUCAUUGUAUUUUCACUCUUCUCUCUUUUCUCUUUCUUUCUAAACUUUUGGCUUGUUCCUGGAGGCUUUGCAUGGAGAAACCACCAUAAAAACUCUCCGCUACUUCGUGGUCCAAUCGGUUGGCCUGUCUUGGGCACUUUACCUGAAAUGGGUUCACUUGCUCAUCGUAAACUAGCCGCCAUAGCAGCUUCACUAGGUGCAACUAGACUGAUGGCAUUCAGUCUAGGUGCAACACGUGUGAUCAUCAGUAGCCACCCGGAUACUGCUAGGGAGAUCCUAUCAGGGAUUUCAUUUUCUGAUCGUCCGAUCAAGGAAUCAGCUCGCUCGUUGAUGUUUGAGCGUGCCAUUGGCUUUGCUCCCUCCGGAAAAUACUGGCGUCACCUACGCAGAAUUGCCGCCAAUCACAUGUUUUCCCCAAGGAGAAUCUCCGGGUUAGAGGAGCUACGACAACGUUUAGCCAAUGAAAUGUUGAUGAAAGUAAGUGAAGAUAUGAAGGAGAGAGGAGUUGUGAUACUUAGAGGGAUAACGCAAAAAGGGUCUUUAAGUAAUAUUCUAGAAAGUGUGUUUGGGAGAUGUGAGUCUUUAGAGAGGGAAGAGUUAGGUUUUAUGAUUCAAGAAGGGUACGAGUUAAUCUCAAAGUUCAACUGGGAGGAUUAUUUUCCUCUGAGGUUUUUGGACUUCUAUGGUGUAAAAAGAAGGUCCCAUGUAUUGGCGGGUAAGGUUAACACAAUUGUGGGAAAUAUUAUUCAAGAAAGAAAAAGAAAUCAGGAAAAGUUUAGUGGUGGAAAUGACUUCCUUAGUGCAUUGCUCUCUUUGCCUAAAGAAGAUCAGUUGACUGAUACAGAUAUGGUGGCUAUUUUGUGGGAGAUGAUUUUUCGAGGGACCGACACUGUGGCUAUACUACUUGAAUGGAUCAUGGCCAGGAUCGUUUUACAUCAAGACGUCCAAACAAAAGUUCAACAUGAGAUCGACAUGUGCGUCGGUCACCAAAGGCAGGUACGGGAUUUUGACAUCCCCAACCUCCCUUACCUUCAGGCCAUUGUCAAAGAAGUUCUCCGUUUACAUCCUCCAGGUCCAUUACUCUCAUGGGCCCGUCUGGCCAUUCAUGAUGUCCACGUGGACAAAGUUUUUGUGCCAGCUGGCACAACCGCAAUGGUCAACAUGUGGGCCAUAACCCAUGACCCAUCUAUCUGGAAAGACCCAUAUGACUUCAAGCCCGAACGGUUCAUGGAAAACGACAACAUGUCCAUAAUGGGCUCGGAUCUAAGGCUUGCCCCAUUUGGGUCGGGUCGCAGGGUUUGUCCUGGUAAGGCAUUAGGCUUAGCCACCGUGCAGUUGUGGCUUGCCCGCCUCCUCCAUCAUUUCAAGUGGCUUCCAGCGCAGCCCGUCGAUCUUUCGGAGACCUUGAGGCUCUCUCUUGAGAUGAAGAAACCGCUCGCAUGCCGUGCUGUUCCCCGGUGAAGCUAUAGCAAAUUAAGUGUAAAUUGUGCAUGCAUGCAUGAGUUGCUCUAAAAUGGUUUGGUUUUUCAUCUAUGUAACAACUGUGGUUAGGAAGGGACUAAACCUAAUCCCCUUAAGCUGAAAAUUACUAUGAGCGUUCCUAAACGCUGUAAAGUAUUGGCUUUAAAUACUGAAACUGAGUUGCUUGAGUUUGAAGAAGUGUAUUUUAAAAGGUAUGUACCAUGUACGUGAUAAUUAUAAGCAAUAAACUUAAUAUGAAGAGUAUUUUACGAAGUUG